AUGUCAUCAAUCUUCUAUUAUCUUCGAGCCUACCGGGCCCACUUGGUAUAGUUACGAUCACGAAAAUUUAUACCCAGGGCCAGAGCGGUCUCUUUUCUUUAAUAAUAUUUCGUCGAUAUCUUUAGCCUUUUUGCUUUUUGCUGACAACAGUUGAUAGCAGGCUUGGAACUUGGAAUGGUCUGCUUUCGACAGACUUGAUUGUUUGGAUUAAUUAAUUAAUUAGCUUGUAAUAUUUGUAAUAUUUUUGUUGAUAUAGAGAGUAAUUCUCCAUUGUGUUUAUAUAUCGUGGAAAGAUCAGAUUACGAACGAAUUAUAUAGUUGGAAAUUUUGCUGUAGACAAUUCUACCAGUUGAAAUAAUUGUUCGAUUGUGUGCGGCUUCCUUAUAGAUUGUAUCGUCGAAAAUAAUUUAUUCUGAUGCAAUUUUCUGUAUGAUAUCAACAAUCAGUAGCUUUUCGUACAAUAUCUUGGCACAAAUUUCGAUAGAUUGUCCUGCGAUUUCUUCGAUGAAUAGCAUACGCAUUAUCUACGCUUGUGUAUUUACAUAUUUGUGUUUAUGCCAACAUAAAUUGCGUCAAUAUUGUAAAUGUAAUGUACAGUAAUGGAAAAGCAAAUUCGCGUUCAAGUGCUUGAUUAAUUGAUAUCAUCAUGAUGGAGAGUACGAGCGAUAAGUUUUUCUACGUGUACAGUUCUUCAUUAGAUACCAGGAUACAAGUUAAAAUAGGUACCUUAGAGGGCAAGAGAUACAGACCUGAAUACGACGAGCUACUUCUCGAUCCUCUACUCAAAUACUCAGGUUUAUACGAGACAGGUGGGAUUCGUGGUGAUUUAGCUGCAUCUCUGCAAGUAUGGGCCGGUGGUAGACCAUUGGCUCUGCCUAUACAUACAGCCUACAAACACUUCAUCUCUCGUUGGAACUGGAACCAGUGGGUCUAUUUACCAAUCUCCUACACGGAUCUGCCACGCGAUGCACAGCUAUGCAUAACUCUGUACGACUGCGCAGGACCUGGCAGACAGCUUCCAGUGGGUGGCACAACGAUAUCGCUGUUUGGCAAGCAUGGAGUAUACCGACAGGGCAUGUUGGAUCUUAGAGUAUGGCCCGGGGUAGAAGCCGAUGGUAGUGUUUCAACCAGUACACCAGGGAAAGCUAGAGAUCAUGGGAAAGAACAAAUGCAAAGACUCGCAAAACUUGUUAAGAAACACAGAAAUGGGCAAAUAAACAAGAUUGAUUGGCUGGACAGAUUAACUUUCAGAGAGAUCGAAUUAAUCAAUGAGAGGGAGAAAAGAGCAUCAGAGUACUUGUAUUUGAUGAUAGAAUUUCCAGAAGUCACAAUGGAUGGUGUACCGUAUUCAAUUGUGUAUUAUGAAAAAGAUGGUGACGAAGUUUUUCAACAUAGAUUACAACCAGACGUUGUAACACUUCCUGAUUAUGAGAUUUUACAAGAAAAUCUUGUAGAGGCAAAACACCAUAAAUUAGCCCGUAGUUUACGUAGUGGCGGUAACACUCGUGAAUUAAAACCCACUUCGACUGUGCGUGAUGCCUUAAAUACGAUAUUGGGAUAUCCAUCGACAACUGCACUUUCUACCGAGGAACAGGAUUUGAUUUGGAAGUACAGAUUUUACUUGUCUAGCCAGAAGAAAGCGUUGACCAAGUUCGUAAAAUGCGUUAAUUGGAAAGUCGCUGGUGAAGAACGUCAAGCCUUGGAGAUGUUAGCUUUAUGGGCACCACCAGAUUCUGAGGAUGCUUUGGAGUUAUUAGGACCCGCUUUCACUCAUCCGGCCAUUAGGAGAUACGCGAUUAGCAGACUAAAUCAAGCGCCAGAUGAUGAUUUAAUGUUGUACUUGCUGCAAUUGGUGCAAGCAUUGAAAUAUGAAGACUUUGAAAGUAUUAAGGCUGCUUAUCAAGCAAUGUUGAAGGAGAAGGAAGAGAGAUUGGAGUCAAAAAGUUGGAAUACCGAAAAAUUGGAAAAAAGCGAAAGAUUGGAGAAAAUGGAAAAAACUGACAAAUUAGAUAAAGACAUAAGAAAUAGUGAUUCUACAUCUACUCCAGUUACAACUUCUAGUGAAUCGGAGAGUCAAUUAUCGACGAGUCAAGAACCGCUUAUGGAUCUAGCAUCGUUUUUAAUUACACGUGCUUGUCAGAACUCGAUGCUAGCUAAUUAUUUUUAUUGGUAUCUUUCUAUUGAGUGUGAGGAUCAAAUUGAUCCUGCGAUAAGCGCCAAACAAGAUACGCGAGUCAGAGAAAUGUACGUCACUGUAAUGAAAAUGUUUUCCAUGACAUUAGCGCAGGGGAAUACCGUUUGGCAAAAGAGAAGAGCGUUUCUUUUACGACAAAAGGUGUUCAUCGAUCAACUGGUAUCUCUGGUAAAAGCCGUUGCGCGAGAAAGCGGAAAUCGUAAGAAAAAGACUGAUAGAUUGAGGGCAUUACUAACGGAUCCAGAUCCAGCAUUCAAGAUUAAUUUUUCAAAUUUUGAGCCAAUACCUUUUCCAUUAGAUCCCGAGAUUUGUAUUAAAGGAAUUAUUCCAGAAAAGGCAAGUCUCUUUAAGUCUGCACUCAUGCCAUCAAAACUUACAUUUUUGACAACAGAUAAUACCGAAUAUAUAGCUAUUUUUAAACACGGAGACGAUUUACGACAAGAUCAAUUAAUUUUACAAACAAUAGCACUUAUGGAUAAAUUAUUAAGAAGAGAGAAUUUAGAUUUAAAGUUGACUCCAUAUAGGGUACUCGCAACAAGUACUAAACAUGGUUUUGUACAAUUUAUCGAAUCCACAACAGUUGCAGAGGUUUUAGCUAAUGAGGGAUCAAUAUUGAAUUUCUUUCGAAAACAUCAUCCUUCCGAAACUGGACCUUAUGGAGUAGUACCUGAAGUUAUGGACACUUAUGUUCGCAGUUGCGCUGGCUAUUGCAUAAUUACAUACGUACUAGGCGUCGGCGAUCGUCACUUGGAUAAUUUACUUCUCACAGCAUCAGGCACGCUCUUUCACAUUGAUUUCGGCUAUAUUUUGGGUAGAGAUCCGAAACCUUUACCUCCUCCGAUGAAACUCAGCAAGGAGAUGGUCGAAGCUAUGGGCGGCGUCGGUUCCGAACAUUAUCACGAAUUUCGGAAACAAUGUUACACAGCGUUCCUUCAUUUACGUAGGCACGCUAAUUUGAUAUUGAAUCUAUUCUCGCUAAUGGUGGAUGCAAGUGUUCCUGAUAUCGCUCUGGAACCGGACAAAGCCGUGAAAAAAGUCCAGGACAAAUUACGAUUGGAUUUGACCGAUGAAGAGGCUGUACAUUACGUGCAUAAUCUUCUGGAUUUGUCUGUCACCGCCGUGAUGGCCGUGCUAGUGGAGCAACUCCAUAAAUUUGCACAAUAUUGGAGAAAGUAAUAAGAUGAAACAUAUACCAAUGUACAGCGAAAUCAUGAAAACUGUGUUCCUUUCCAUAGAGAAGCGCUAGAAUUAUUAUUUUAUAUUGUAUAUAAAACUACCACGGCAUGUUUAUAUAACAUGUUAAUAUAAUUUAUUGUAUUUUGGGAGCAUUUUAGGCAAUAAAUAUAUUUGAUAAGAAUUA